UUCACUAUCCACAUUUAUUAACACGUUAAAGUCAAUUCCUCGUCUUUUCCCACCCUUAGUUAUUCAUAUCGCUACGUGGCUUGUCAGUCUCGAAUGUUGUUAGCAAGUUAUGAAAGGCAGGCGAACGCUUGAAGGUAACGCCAACUGGUAUUUGUGAGUACAGUGAGAUUCAACAUGAAGUGGGAAUAAGAUGACGUCACCUUUGCGUCAUCAGAAAAGGGGCAGUUGCUGACGUCAUACAUUGUGUGUUCGUCUCAUGUAAUCAAACAAGGGGCACUGUGUGGCAUCACCGCGGCCAUCUUGGGCCAUGCAACUGGAAGCGCAGCUGCGUCUCUUCCAGAGUUGUCUUUGGUGCUACAAGAAUGGAUUGCGUCUCUUAUCCUGGAGUGCUGCACCAAGAAAAGGUGCCAACUACUAUGACCUGCUGGGAGUCAAACACGAUGCCACCUUGGAAGAAAUCAAAAAUGCAUUUUUUGACAAAUCUAAAAAGCUGCACCCGGACAGCGACCCCUCCAACCCAAUGCUGCACAGCUUGUUUGUAGAGCUGAACGAGGCCUACCGCGUGCUGAGCAAGGAGCCCAGCAGGAAGGAGUAUGAUUUCAAAAUCAGACAUUCCUAUGGUGUAGGAGGAGGAGGCCAGGCCUUCAGGUCGGCAUCCGGUCACACGAGCUAUGGAACCAGCGCAACGGUGCAGGACAACAUACGUUACUGGGAACAACUAUAUCAGUCCCACACCCAGGAGAUGUCGGCGGAGGAGAGGGAGCGGCGGCAGAGGAGAAACUUCCGGCUGGUGGGCUACUGCUUCUUCACCAUGGCGCUCGGUGUCGGGGCUCACUUUGUCUUCUUCAGGAAGCUGGAAGAGGUCCACAACAACUUCAUGGACGAGAAGGAUCGAGUUAUCACGGAAAUCUACAACGAAUCCAAAGAGAGAGCCAGGGUCAACGGUUUUAAGAAGCAGACAGAAAUCCUGCGGCAGAAACACGCCGAGUUUAUGGAGAAAUACAAAAUGCGCAAUGGCGGAGAGAAGUAGGAGACUUCACUCAGCUGCUCGUUAGUUUGUAGACAAUAGUCCAACUAUUGUAGGGAUUAGAAAAGUCCAUUAUUAAAGUGGUUAUGUUCUAUUCAACAGA